AUGGACUAUACAUCCGCUACCAAAGUUGAAGCAUCCCCUGCUGUGGUUAAGGCCAUGGAAGACUUAUUGGCGAUGCAUAGGAAAGACGUGGCUGAGAAGGAACAGUCUGAGACGAUGGAGAUGUUAAAAGGAUUAACUCAUCGUAUUAAGCAUAUCGAAGAUUUGUUGGUUACAUUGAGUCUUUCGCAUCCUGCUUUUAAAACUGGCCCUGUAUUUGCUACUCCUUCCAUGAACAGUAGUCGGGAAUCUGAUGCAAUGCAUAGUGCUCGCGGUCGUGGUCUUUAUGACGGUAGUCGUGCUCGCGGUCCUGGUCUUUAUGACGGUGCUCGCGGUCCUAGUCUUUAUGACAGUGGUCGUAGUGGCUAUCUUGGUCCUGGUUAUGGUGGUCUUUAUGGUGGUGCUGGUUAUGGUGGUCUUUAUGGUGGUGCUGGUUAUGGUGGUAUUUAUGGUGGUGCUGGUUAUGAUCGUGCUGCUUAUGACGGCGGUCGUGGUCGUGGUCUUUAUGUCGGUGGUCGUUUUGGCGGUGGUCGUUGUGGCGGUCAAGGCUAUUGUGGCGGCUGUUGA